GUCUUGCUGGAGACCUGAAGGUGUGUCUCUGCCUUUAUAAAUACCAUGCCGCUUUUACAACUAGCUCUGAUUCUUUUGAAAGAGACGAGUCACAUCAGAAGUUGCUUUUGGAUACCUCCAAGCCCUGAGCAAGGCAGGUAACAACAAAACAGAGACCAUGAGGAUCAAAAGCUUUGGACUUCUUUGUUUGUUGAUUCUGGUCUCCCAGAUGCUACUAACCAACUGUGAAAGACAGAAGGAAAGAAAAAAGGGUAGAAAAGGCAUAGAAGAUGGUGGAAAACCAGAAACUGAAUCUAACCAAGAAAAUGAAAAAGGGAGGAAGUUAAAGAGAGGAAAAGCAUCUCCUAAAGGCAAGUUUAAAACCAAAGAAAACGUUGAGUGCACCUGGGCAGUGACUGACAUGAAUGCUGUGACUUUGCACAUAGAGUGCAAGCAUGGUGAGAGCAAGUUCUGGUGUGAAUUCUCUGGAGACCCUUCCACCUGUUCACACUAUGCAAUUAACCAGAAAUCCUACUGGAAACAAGUCUCCCGAUCCCUAAAGAAGCAGAAGCAGAUCUGUCAAGACCCCAAAAGUGUUCUAAAAUCUAAACUAUGUAGGAAAGGCCCACGAAGUGCUCACCUAAAGUUGGCUCACUCAAGCCUACUAACAUCAGUGGAUCUUGCAAAAGAAGUUGUUCAGACUCCAGCAGCUGCCUCUGUGACUGAAAAAAAGCUAGAACACAGUCCUCAAGACUGUGUUGAAGACAUAGACUAUAUUGAUCAGAAGAAGGUGGCUGAGGAAUAUUGUCCAGAAAGCUUGCUUUCUUUAUGCAAAUUUUUUAUCACAAUGGUGCAAGACAAAAAGUGCUGAGGAGGUGUUUUUAAAGCUCUGUGUCAUGAAAGUCCGGACUCAUCUAAGUUACUGCAAACCAUUCCAUAUUUUAUUAUCAUGUUACAUAGUGUAUAUAAGAAAAAAAAUCAUAUAUUUUUCUGAUUUUGUAUAUACACAACAGCCUACACUUGACAUAGUUGAAAGAAGUUAUAAAUUUUAUUUGCACAUAGAUUGCUGGACAGGUGUUGCCAAUUGCGUACUCUACACAGAAGUGUACAAGUAGUCCCCUUGCCCCUCUUUGAGCUGUGCUAGCCAAAGCAAUGAAUUCAGUGCUAUGCACUUCUUGGUUAUGUACAAUACUUUUGACCUAAAAAUUAUUAAGAAUAAUAAACUUCACAACAUAUUCAAAAUAUUCCCUCUGUCUCUCUGUGUGUUUGACUAGAUUUCUCUGCAAGCACUAAGCCUUUGUCAAGGACUGAUCUUUCAAAGGAUCUAGGCAAAGUGUUGCUUACGAAGCAGUUUUGAAAUACUUAGCAGUGUUGCAGACCUCAGCUUUGUCAGCCAGCAACAAUCAGCAUUUUGAUAGGGAACUACAUAAUGCUUUCCAACAUUGUGGUAAUAAAGGACAACAAAAUUUUCAGAUUUUUCCCUAAUUUCAAAAAGCUUCAGCUUUCCAAAUUGAUCAAAGUUUAGCUAGUAGCUAGUUUGGAAAACUUUGCUAACUUCAGUUCCUUUUUUCCCCUAUAGUAUGAACUAUGUUAUACUCAUUUUCUGGUAAACAGAGCUGCAGAGACAUAAUGAGUUGUACAAGUUCGUACAUAGGCCCAGGACUGAACCCCUCACUCAAGCAGCUAAAGCACUUUAGCUCAACACUGCCUCUACAUUCUUUUGAAGUUCCAUUUUCUGUUAUCUUUAUGUAUGGACAAGACUAAUAAAAACUUUUCUAUGCACUACACUUCGUCUGUAUUAAAACCAAAAAUCCAAACAAACUCUACAAGAACAGAGAUUUUAGAAACUGUAAAGCUAAAUAAUGACAACUGAGUUUUGCUAAUAUUUGAUU